AUUUCUCUCCUCUUCUCCUUCCUGCUGAUACGUUACACUUAAACCCACAACUCUGAAAAUUUUCACACUCUCUCCUUCAACAUGGAAACUCUAAGCGUCUCACUAAAUACUCCUUCAAGACUCACGAUCUCGAAUUCCAUCUCUAAGGUGAGGGUAGUCGUUAGAGUUCGCCCCUUCCUCUCUCAAGAAAUUUCGGCAAAGAAUGGAGACCCUAGGUCCUGUAUUUCAGUUCUGGAUAAAGAAUCUGAGUCUUGUACUGAAGUCACUGUUCAUCUCAAAGACCCUAAUACUAUUCGGAACGAGACCUAUCAGUUGGACUCGUUCUUUGACCAAACAGAUGACACAGUGAGCAAGAUAUUCUACAGUGAAGUGAACCCUUUGAUCCCAGGAGUCUUUUAUGGCUGCAACGCUACGGUGUUCGCUUAUGGAGCCACUGGUAGUGGAAAGACUUACACCAUGCAGGGUACUGAUGAGAAACCAGGCCUAAUGCCAUUGGCCAUGUCCACAAUUCUAUCUAUGUGCCAGAGAACAGGAAGUACAGCAGAGAUUUCAUAUUAUGAAGUCUAUAUGGAUAGAUGUUAUGAUCUUUUAGAGCUAAAAGCAAAAGAAAUUGCUAUUUUAGAUGACAAGGAUGGGAAAAUACAUCUUAAGGGACUCUCUCGAGUCCCGGUUAGCUCAAUGACAGAAUUUCAAGAGGUGUUCUCCCGUGGAAUCCAUAGACGGAAAGUAGCACACACAGGAUUGAAUGAUGUAUCUAGUAGGAGCCAUGGUGUGCUUGUGAUAUCUGUUUUCACUCCUAGGCUUGAUAAUUCUGGUGCCCCUUUCACUGGGAAGUUGAACCUCAUAGAUUUAGCAGGUAAUGAAGAUAAUAGAAGGACCUGCAAUGAAGGGAUUCGUCUUCUAGAGAGUGGCAAGAUCAACCAAUCCUUGUUUGCAUUGUCAAAUGUGAUAUAUGCACUGAAUAACAACAAACCCCGAGUGCCUUAUAGAGAGAGCAAAUUGACUCGUAUCUUGCAAGACUCUCUCGGAGGGACAAGUCGUGCCCUGAUGGUUGCUUGUCUGAAUCCAGGAGAGUACCAUGAAUCUGUUCAUACAGUUAGCUUGGCAGCUAGAUCACGCCACAUUUCAAAUUCUGUUCCAUCGGCCCAAAAGGUUGAGACGCCAACAGUUAAAGUUGACAUGGAAGCAAAAUUGCGAGCUUGGCUUGAAUCAAAAGGCAAGACUAAGAGUUCACAGAGAAUGGCAGCUUUUGCUUCUCCCUUUAAAGGCAAAGCUCCUACAAGCUCAGCCAAGAAAACCAUGAAUUACAGCUCUACAAAAGUGAAGGCUUCUACCAACCAAGGCACCUCUAUAGCUAAAGAUAGGUAUAGAGAAUAAAAAAAAAAAUACUUUGAAAUUGUUGUAGAUGUGCCAGCAGAGGAGAAGGCAACAACAAUCAUAAACUCUUCACCAAUUUGUGAGAGGAUAGCUGCGUGGCAAAGUCCCUUAAGAAAAGCACUUUCCCCUGUCAAUUUCAAUGUAAACCCAAAACACCAUGAGGAACUAUCAUCCGCUGACUAUUUAUGUCCAGUACUUGAACCAAAGACCCCCAGCACACCUUUGACUCUGACAUGUGCAAACAACAAAUUCCAACCAGUCACCCCACUUGAGAAAUUUGGUGCACUAAGUACUAGUUUAAAGAGCUCGCUUAUACAAGAAUACAUUGAUUUCUUGAACACAGCCAGCAGAGAAGAGCUACUUGAGUUAAAGGGAAUUGGACCAAAAUUGGCAGAUUAUAUCUGUGAACUAAGAGAAACAAACCCCUUAAAAUCGCUGAGCGAUUUAGAGAAGAUAGGGCUUUCGUCCAAGCAGGUUUAUAACUUGUUUAAUAAAACUGCAAAAGGAAUUUUCGAUGGAGCAGAAGGUGCAACUCCCAGUUGUCAAGAAAUCUUCUAACACUUUGGAUUAUGUAACCAUUUUAAUUGUGUUUUUUAUAUUCUUGUAUGAUAUGUUCUAACGUAGUCCUUGAUCUAUGACAAUGAUUUAAUGUAGCAUCAUGUGUAGCAGUGCAGGAAUUUGUUAUUUUCACUUCUUGUUAGUCUCAUACUGCUUAUGUAAUCAACUCCCAUACAAAGUGGAUAUGAGUAAAUGCAAAUCAAACAUGGUGAUCUUAGAACA